AUGUAAUAGCAAUCAAGAACAAUUUGCUAAUUACCAAAUAGACCUAAAAGAGGAGGAAAUUUAAGCGAAGACAUCAGAAUUAGAACACUUGAUACUAAUCAUUUUGAACUUUAGUUUUUAAAUGAUGUGUUACUUCAUAUCUAUAGUUUUUAAAUAGAACCAGCAAUUCCUAUGGAAUCAGAGAAACAAAUUUUAAGAUGCUUUGGUUAAUUUAAAAGAGAAAUAUUUAAUGAAGGAAUAAAGAAAUUUUGCAUAGCAGGCACUAAUCUAUGGAGUUAUGAUUUAAAGAAGGAUCAAUUUCAAGUUGAAAAGUAAAUUGAAACAGAGAAAUAUAGAAUUGAUAUUAAAUAUGUGAAGACAAUUAAUUUAAAAGAAAUAACUUAGAAGAACGAUCUAUAAUCAAUAUGUGUGGCUAAAUAAGCUAUCAAUUCCAUAUUAAAAUAGAUAUAUGAAAAAAGAAGAAUGAAAGAAUUGUUUGGAAAAGGUAAAUUUUAUGAUACAUCCAGGAUUAAUGAAAAUGAACUUAAAGAAUUUUAUAUUUCAUUUAUGACAGGUUAUAGAAGUGUACUUUGUUGUAGUAAAUCAGCACCUUUACUCUAAAUUGAUUAUAGUACUAAAUUGAUUAAUACAGAAACUAUCCUACAAACUUUAUCUGAUUAUGAUCUUAAUGAUAUUAGAGAUAGAAAAUAAUUAACAGAAAUGCUUAAAGACACUUCUGGAUUUACUAUGUAUUCUAAAAGAUUUUAUAGAAUUUAUGAUGUAGAUUUUAAAAAUAAUCCAAGAUCUUUAAUGGAAAGUGGGGAGAUGACAUAUGCAUAGUAUUAUUAUUAAAAAUACAAGAUAUAAAUCAAGAAUUUAUCUUAACCUCUAUUAAUUCAUUUAACUAAAAAGGGAGAAUUCAUAAGAUUGAUUCCUGAAUUAAUGUGGAAAACAGGAUUAACUCUAAAAUAAAAAAAUAAUUUUAAAAUUAAAUAAGCACUUAAAGAUAUUGUGACUGUAGAUCCUGAUAAAAGAUAAAAAUUAAUUUUAGAUGAAAGGGAUAUCUUAGAAAAUUAAUUAAAAAAAUAAAAUAUUACUAUUAAAUAUGAUACAAAAACAUAAGCUUUUGAAAUUAAAAAGCCAGAAAUAUAUAGUAAAGGAUAAAUUAAGAAUUUUGCAGGGGGAUGUUUUGAAAUAAAAGAUUAAUUUUAUGAAUAAAGCCAAAUAAAAAAAUGGGUUUUAAUAUAUCAUAAUAAAGAAGUUUAAUGUGCUCAAAAGUUUGUAAAUUAAUUUUAAUAAAAUGGAAAAAAAUAUGGAUUAAGUUUAGGAUAACCUAUUCAUUUACCAAUUAGAAGUUUUAAUAGUAAAGAUUGGGUGUAAGAACUUGUAAGAGAGUUUUAAGAAAAUGGCAUACCAUAAUUAGUAGUUUCUUUAAUUGAUUAAAAACAAGAUAAAAAGAUUUAUUAAGAAUUAAAAUAAUAUUUAAUAGCAAAAGAGGGAGUAUCUCAUUAAAAUGUUACCUUAUAAUUGAUAGAAAAAUAAAAGUUUAAUUAAAUAGUUCCAAAAUUAGUUUAAUAAAUACACAGUAAAUUAGGGAAUUAAACUUGGAAUAUUUAAAAGAUAAAAGAGAUAUCUGAUAAAAUUUUGGUAAUUGGAAUAGAUGUUUAUCAUAAAACAGUUUAAGGAAAUGAUUCUUGUGUUGGAUUCAAUGCAUAAUUUGGUCAAUAAAGUGAUGGAAAUUUUACAAAGGUUUUGAUAGUACCUAAAGGAAAAGAAAUAAAUAGAGAAGUUGCUAAGCUUCUUGAAUAAAGUUUAGACGAAUAUUAUAGAUACCAUAAUAAAAUAUUACCAGAUACAAUUAUUGUAUUUAGAGAUGGAGUUGGUUAUUCAUAAAUAAAUAAAUUAUAUGAAGAAGAAGUAUUAACAAUGAAAGAAAUUAUAAAAAAUAAGUAUAAUCUAAAAUUACCAUAAUUUUCAUUUAUUACAGUUAAUAAAAGAAUAAAUGAUAGAUUUUUUUCAUAAUAGAAAGAGAAUUACGGUAUUAUUGUGGCAGAUAGAGUAGUAUCCUCUAAUUUUGAUUAUUUUAUGAUUGCUUAAUAAGUAAAUCAAGGAACUCCAACACCUACACAUUAUACAGUAUUAGAAAAUUCUACUACAUGGAAUGAAGAAUUAUUUUGGAAAUUUACAUAUUAUUAAUGUUAUAAUUACAGAAAUUGGUGUGGACCUGUGAGAAUACCAGCAGUUGUAUAAAAUGCACAUAUGGCUGCAUAUAGAAUUGGAGAAGUUAUCAAAGCUUAUCCAAGUUAUUAUUUGGAAACCAAACUAUAUUAUCUUUGA